AUGCGUCGCGCUUCCGUAGAUUUGACCGACCCCUCUCGAAAUAUCGAGGAAUCAAUAGGCACUCCAGACCCGACAUCUAUAGAUUCUGAUCUAGAUAUGACUUUGACAACAGAUGAUGAGGGCGCUAGAAUAUACACCCCGCCUCCUCACAUAGCCGCACGAUUUUAUCGACCUAGUCAGAAUCGUCGAAAAGAGUCGGCCGCCUCGUCGCGUCGUAAUUCGAUUUCCUCUGCGCAUUCGCGGUCUUCGCAUGGCUUCAAUCACCAUGGCGGCCCGCAGAGUAAAUACAUUGCCCAGCAGAUGCGUCGUGCCUCGAUCCUCGAAGAUCGCAAGGCCCGUCUUGCCGAUAGGGCGGCGCACGCUGAGAAGGUGCGCUUGAGAGCGGCCAUGGCAAAGGCAGCCCACCACAAGACUUCUAACUUAGAGGAGCGGGCGUUGGCUGCUGCUCAGGCUAGAGAGAAGAACCUAGCCGAAAUCGUCGCUGCUUGUGCCGAAGAAGUAAAGCGGGCCAAAGCAGUGGCUGAAAGCAUGAAGGAAAAAAGGGAACAGGAACUGCGCAAGCUCAAGUCCCAGAUGGAGGAGCGAUUGGCUGAGGCGGAGAAGAGGAGAGAGGAAUUACGCAGUCGCCAUACAGCCAAACGUUCUAGAGGCCAGAGCAUAAUGACGAAGAGAUCUGACACGAGUAGUUUGCCAGAGGAAGAGGAACACGAAUCCUCAAGCAUGAGUGAUGUCGUGCCCAUGAGCGAGGAUGUAGCGGUGUCCAAGAUUCAAUGGUGGUGGAGAGGAGUACUGAGAAGGAUGGCGGCACGCCAAUUUUCCGAGCUCGGUUUGAACAUUGAUAGCGUCAGAGAUACCUCAUUUGAGCAAGUGACCGAACUUCUUGCCCAAGAGAGGGUCCUUCUGCUCACUUCAAGAGUCUUGCGCAUCUGCGGCUUACAAGAGGGCGACCCGGGGUCAGUGGAUGAGAUGACCGCUGUUCGCACGUUCCUGAGCGCUUUCUUAAUUUUAGGCCAUCCUACCCAAGUCCUUAGCAAUAAAGAUCAUAGGGGAGAACAGGAGCAGGUUGGAUCUUCUCAAGGGCAACCCAUUCCUCAUGAUGAUCUGGCUAAUCCACAGUUACAGGAUCUCGUCGGCAAGGCACGAGAUUUGCUAAUCUCCUUUGAGAAUAUCCUUUCUCGAUUGACCUCGAUGAACAAUUAUACAGUUCCGCCAGCGUUGCGGGCAGCUUUACCGGAAUCCUAUGCGACAUUCCACAAUGCAUUCAUAGCAUGGAAGGCUCGUGAUUCAAAUGCGUUGGUCGAAGUCAUGAUCCUACAAUUCGUGGAACUUGACGCAAUACUCGAAACGGUUAAAGAUGGCACCGAAGAAGCCGUUGCUGAUUCCUACCGACAAAGCAUCAAAGACAACCAGCUGAUGCUGAUGGUCCGGAUAAAGAGGCUUGCCGGCGCCGAGCGAGGAAAGAAAAUGAUUUUUGAUGCCGUCAAGCAAGCAAGGAAGGCUAGGGCUGCGAAAAGACCUGCAGGCGACAUGAAGCCACGAGCCACCGAACAUGAUAUUAACAAUGAUAACUCUGUCGGAAGCAACGCAACAGCCGAUCAUGUUAUUUCGUCUCAAUUACAGACGCUCACGCCACCUCCUUCUCCACUCCGGGAGAAAGAGCUGAAAUUUAACAUAAGCCAGCCGACUUACCCCCCGAUCCUCCCGGACAAUCGAGUAAUCGUCCACGAGUUGGCUAUCAAUCGGGAGUAUAGCAUCGAAUACCAGCAUUUCCAAGAGCAGCAUAAGCUUCGCAUGGACCCCCUAUUUCAAGACCUAAAGAGCGGCCCGAGGGACGAAGAGAAGGAAUUUCAUUAUCUCUUGAUAAUGGCCAACUACAUCAGAGACAGACUUCAGCAUCUAGUCAAGCCUGGUUCAUCUAUGCACACUUUUAUCGGUGAAAUACUCGACACUGAAGUCUCACAACAGCAAUUCUUAGCCGGUAGCUUUUCGUAUGAGCGAUUCUUCUCGUCUAUGGGGUCUCUUCUCCCAAAGCUUUGCGCUCCGGUUCGUGACGACGAGGUAAAAGAUUUAGUUGAGAAUAAACUGAGUCAAGGACACAUUGUCGACCGCCUCGAGGCGCUCCUUUCAUUUAUUGAUACUAUGCUUUACGAUUACGCGAACUACAUGUUAAAAGUUGCAGCACCAAGUCUCGUAGAGCAUGCUUCUGCAUACGAAACGAAGAGAUUUGCCGAGGAGCUGGAGGAUGGCACGAUUACGCUUCAUCGCGCGGAGACUUCUUGGCGAACCGCGCGCAAUAAAGUGCUCGCGGAAGUCUCGCGCCGUGACCCCGAGGGCAUCAAUCACCCACGUUCGCGGCCCACUCCGGACAAGAUUUAUUGGCAGAUGUUAUUAGACGAGUUCACACAACCAUCACCAUCAGAUGAAACUGUGCCGGAACCACUCGCCCUCGAUGCAAAACGUCGUGCUCGUAUAGGCCGUCAAACAAUGCGCAUCGUUACAGCGGGUGCCAUCCUCUUACAGUGCAAGAAUAUGCUCAAGCGCGAUGUCCGAGCCCCUUGGAGGACAGAAGCUGGUCGCAUCUUGACGGUCCUCGAGUCUAUGGAUAACGAUUCGAAGCCACUCCCUCAGUCUACGGCUACGCACGGCAUCAUGGCGGCACUCGAAGCAGGGCGAUCGAUGCCGACAGCCACUAAAACACACCUACAAGCUCUUGUAACAAAGGUACUUGCUGCCAGCAUGGAUGUCAAACGCGACAAUACGGACCCUGGAGAACCUGUAUUAAGGCUGCUCCUAACACGAAUCAGAGGUCACAUCCUAGCUAGGUUGCAAGCCGGUUCCGCGAGCGAAAAGGUCAAAGCCACUAGUACAGCUGGGGAAAAGCUCGCAAGCCUCGGACUGCCCGAGUUUGGAGAGAAGGUGCGAGAGAUCGUCGAUGAGAUUGUUAAAGUAGGAGUUGUAGAUCGAGAAGCCCAUGGAGUAUGGUGGGAAGAGGUAGCUGAGAAGGUGAGCAGAGAGGAUUCAGUCCCUACAUCAUCAGCUGCGUAA